UUGAUCGGCACUCUGAAGCCAGCCAGCCUGCAGCGGCAGCAGUCCCUCAGACGCCUUUUUUCUCGCCGCGCUGUUAAAAUGUCUUUUAAGGCGGCGGGCACAGCGUUGACCCGCACACUGUGGAGCAGCGGAACCCCUCCCGUGGCGGGAUCCACCAAGGUGAACAGACUUUGUACUACAUGCAGGGUGAGGCAGGGCCGCGAAAAAACAGUGGAACAAAGUUGCGGCGCGCUUGCGGAGAGGCCGAGCGACUACGUGCCAUCCUCCGGCGAACCUCCGCACAGAUGCACGACGGGGGAUAAAGGGCGACCCAAGGAGCCCGUGGGCGCGCCAGUCGUUUCUGGUGUGAGGAGACCGCCUUGCACCUCCGCCGCAGGUCCAGUGGACCAGAGGUCCUACCUGUGGGCCCGUUACAAUGACAUGAAACGGCUGGUUCACGACCUGAUCCCACCGGGCGCGUGUAACCUCCUCAACUCCUCCACCAUCUACGCUAACAACGAGGUCAGCCUGGCUGAAGUGGACAUCUACGGCUUUGACUAUGACUACACGCUGGCGCUGUACUCAAACACGCUCAACACAAUGAUCUACAAUACAGCAAGAAGUUUCCUCAUUGAGCACUUCAAGUACCCCGAGGGCAUCCGCAAGUAUGAUUACAUUCCGAACUUUGCCUCGCGGGGUCUUCACUAUGACAUCCAGAAGGGUCUUCUGAUGAAGAUAGAUGCCUUCCAUUACAUUCAGCCAGGAACUGUGUAUCGGGGCCUGAGCCCAGUGCAAGAUGAGGAGGUCCUUCAGCUCUUUCGGGGGACUUACCAUGUUCCCCUGCAGCAGGACAGUGGUUUCUAUGGAAAGGGGCCAAAGGUGAAGCAGUUCAUGGACAUCUUCUCCAUUCCUGAGAUGAAUCUCUUGGCUGUGGCAAAUGAUUUUUUCAUCACCAACGACAUAGAAUAUGAUCCAGUUCACCUCUUCAAGGACGUCUCUGAAGCUAUUGGUAUGGUUCACCUCAAAGGCUACAUGUACAAAUGGAUCAUGCAAGAUCUGGAUAAGUUCAUUCUGAGGGGAGAAGAGACAUAUGCUGUUUUGCACCGAUUGGUCAGCAAUGGAAAGAAACUAUUCCUCAUCACCAACAGUCCCUUCAGCUUUGUGGAUAAAGGAAUGAUACACAUGGUGGGAAAAAACUGGAGAGACUUUUUUGAUAUUGUCAUUGUACAGGCAGACAAACCUCACUUCUUCACUGAUUGCAUCAAACCUUUCAGACGCCUGGAUGGAAAUGGAGACCUUCAGUGGGUAAAGAUACAAAGUUUGGACAAAGGACAUAUUUACAAACAGGGAAACCUCUUUGACUUUCUUAGACUGACAGGCUGGCGAGGGUCAAAGGUUCUUUACUUUGGAGACCAUCUUUAUAGUGACUUGGCUGACCUGAUGUUGCGACACGGCUGGCGCACGGCAGCCAUAGUACCUGAGCUGGAGCAGGAGACCAAAGUGGUGAGCACAGACCGGUACGCUCUGAACCUCACGUGGCUACAGGCUCUAACCGGCCUGAUGGAACGCCUACAGACACACCGGGACCUAGACUCUAAACAAGUUUUUCAGGAAUGGCAGAAAGAAAGAGAAGAACUCAGGGUAAUGACAAAGAACUUGUUCAACCCUCAGUUCGGCAGCAUCUUCAGAACAUGUCACAACCCCACCUACUUCUCCAGGCGUCUGUGUCGUUUCUCAGACAUCUACAUGGCCUCCCUGGGCUGUCUUUUGAACUACGACCUCUCCUACACGUUCUACCCCCGCCGCACCCCUCUGCAGCACGAGGCUCCUCUGUGGAUGGAUCAGCUCUGCACGGGCUGCAGGAAAACACCUUUCCUAGAGGAGAUUUCUCACAUACGAUGAGAGCUGUGCUCUCCUCAGUGACUGAUAGGAUUUAAUAUUUUAGGCCUGGCUAACACUUGAGAUAGAUAUAGGAUUCGUUUCCUCUACCAGGGUUUCUUCUUAGCCAAGAAGGUUCUGACCAAGUCCCUCCACAGGGCAAAGUAGUCCUGUUCCGCAUAGCGACCCGCCUACCCAGUGGAGUCACUAGAGGGUGCUGUAGAUUUAGCUGCUGCCCAGAGAACAUGCUAUUGAGUUAGACACGAGGUACAAGAUUGACAGACACUUUGGUUUCUGCCUCAAAGUAUAAUGGAAUUGCUGAGCGAUAUGGGGCUACCGUUACACAAAUAGAACAAAUAA